UUGGCUUAUUAAUUUUGUUGUCCAUUUUGAUUUUUUAAUCAUAGAAAGUACUCAUCAACAACAUCAAGGUCUUUGAUCGUAGUAAUUCAAAUCAAAAGUUAAGAAAAAUGGCAUCUUUACUUCGACAAUUCAUCCGGCCUGCAUCGAUUUCAUUGGCCAAACGUAAUGUCAAUUUAUUGAAUACACGUUUCAUGUCUGCAUUUGUACAACAACCGGCACCUGAUUUCAAAGCUACAGCCGUUGUUGACAAACAAUUCAAAGAUAUUAAAUUGGUCGAUUUUCAAGGCAAAUAUUUGGUACUAUUUUUUUAUCCAUUGGAUUUUACGUUUGUAUGUCCAACCGAAAUCAUUGCAUUCAAUGAUCGAUUACAGGAAUUUCGUGACCUUCAAACCGAAGUUGUGGCUGUAUCGGUUGAUUCACAUUUUUCACAUCUAGCAUGGUGUAAUACACCACGAAAACAAGGUGGUCUUGGCGAUAUGAAAAUGCCCAUCAUUGCCGAUUUGACAAAGAAAAUUUCCGGAGAUUAUGGUGUACUUUUACCAGAAGCUGGCGUGGCAUUACGUGGCCUAUUCAUUAUCGAUACGAAAGGAAUCGUACGACAGAUUACGAUCAACGAUUUACCUGUUGGCCGAUCAGUUGAUGAAACAUUACGUCUAAUCAAAGCAUUUCAAUAUACCGAUAAACAUGGUGAAGUUUGUCCGGCUAAUUGGCAACCUGAUCGACCUACAAUUGAUCCAAGAAAUGCCCGUGAAUAUUUUGAGAAACAAAAUUAGACAGUAAAAUCAAUACAAAAGUUUUCUCAUUGUUUUUUUUAAUUGUAAUAGAAUUUUGUAGAAGUUUCACAUACAAUGUAAAAUGAUGAAUAGAAAAUCAAGAAAAAAGUGAAAAAAAAUUAUUUGUAACAAAUGAAA